AUGGGGUACCACACUGCCAGCUUGUGGGUGCUAUGGUUGGCUUUGGGCCUCUCUGAUGCUAUAGAUGUGAGAACAGGUCGAAUCCGUAAUCAUGGUCACUACGUCUGCAGUACCUGGGGAAACCAUCAUUUCAAAACCUUUGAUGGGGAUUUCUACCAGUUUCCUGGCAGCUGUAGCUACAAUUUGGCCUCAGACUGUGGAGAGUCCUAUCAGGAGUUCUCUGUCCAUGUCCACCGGUCCAUGGUCAGUGGUCACCCCCAUAUAGACAAGAUCACCGUCGCAAUCAAAGAUGUCAUCAUUCAGCUGAAAAGUAGCAUCGUGAUAGUGAACGGAGCCAUAGCUAAGACACCUUACUACAGCUUUGGAAUCCUGAUUCAUAAAAACGAUGCUUAUUUUAAGUUGUACACAAAGGCGGGCUUGACCCUCAUGUGGAAUAAAGAAGAUGCUGUCAUGCUGGAACUGGAUCCAAAGUUUAAUAACCGUACCUGCGGUCUGUGUGGUGAUUACAAUGGUGUCCCUCUUUAUAAUGAAUUUGUAUCUGGGAGUAUUAUACUGAACCCAAUACAAUUUGGAAAUUUGCAAAACAUUCAUGACCCAAAUGAUGAGUGCACAGACAAAGACGAGACUCAGAAAACAGACACAGCGCAAUGUUCCCAAUUUCGCUCCGUGUGUGAACAGCACCUGAGACAUGAGGCAUUCUCAGACUGUGAAAGUCUCCUGAACCUGGAAAACUACAUCCAGGCCUGCAUGCUGGACAUGUGCUCCUGUGAUCACUCUCAAGACUCCUUCUGCUUGUGUAGCACCAUCACUGAGUAUUCCCGACAAUGCUCUCACGCUGGAGGACGUCCGGGAAACUGGAGAACUGAUAACUUCUGUCUUAAACAAUGUCCUGCAAAUAUGAUUUAUCAAGAAAGUGCCUCGCCUUGCAAGAACUCGUGCUCCCACCUAGAAAUACACAGCUUGUGUGAGGAGCAUUACAUGGAUGGCUGCUUCUGUCCUGAAGGCACUGUACAGGAUGAUUAUACCAACAGGGGCUGUGUACCGGUCAGCCAGUGUCACUGCAAGCAUCGAGAUACUUUAUAUGCGCCCGGAGAAACCAUGGAAAACGACUGCAAUGAAUGCCACUGUGUAGCAGGAAAAUGGAGUUGUACAGAUCAGUCCUGCCCAGGAGUUUGCGCCAUUGAAGGUGGAGCACAUUUCACCACUUUUGAUAAGAAGGCCUACACUUUUCAUGGGAACUGUUACUAUGUGAUAUCUAAGGGCAAUUCAAAUGAAUCACAUGUAAUAUUAGGUGAACUGACACCCUGUAGUUCUUCCGAGAGAGAAACCUGUCUUAAAUCUGUUGUAUUCCUGACAGACAACAAGAACAAUGUUGUGAUCAUCAAAGCAGAUGGCUCAGUGCUAUUCAAUGAGCUUAAAAUAACCUUGCCUCAUCUAACAGCCAGUUUUUCAGUCCUGCAGCCGUUUGAAAACUAUAUCAUUCUUGACGCUAUAAAUGGCCCCAAAAUGCAGAUUCAGCUGUCUCCCUCAAUGCAGUUAUACAUUACAAUGGAGAAUUUCGCCAAAGGACAACUGCAAGGUCUUUGUGGAGACUUUAACUCUAAGGAAGGAGAUGACUUUAAAACAUCUGGAGGUCUUGUGGAAGCCACAGCAUCAGCCUUUGUCAACACGUGGAAGGCCCAGGCCAGUUGCCAUGACAUAUCUGACUGGUUGGAGGAUCCGUGCAGCCUCAGCAUUGAGAACAAAAAUUACGCAGAAUAUUGGUGCUCUAACUUGGAAAGUGACAAGUCUGCUUUUGCCAAGUGUCAUUCCACAAUAGAUCCUACUGAAUAUGUAAAGAGAUGUCGCUAUGACUCAUGUAACUGUAAGGACAGUGAGCACUGUAUGUGUGCAGCUCUCUCCUCCUACGUCAGAGCCUGUGCCACAAAAGGGAUCAUUCUCUGGGGAUGGAAGAAAGGGAUCUGUGACAAGGACAUUUAUUCUUGCCCAUCUACCCAAGUUUAUCUGUACAACUUGACUACAUGCCAACCGACCUGCCAAUCCCUGGCAGAGGGCGAGAAGUCUUGUCACACUGUCUUUACACCAGUAGAUGGCUGUGGGUGUCCAGACGGACAGUAUUUGAAUGAGAAGGACCAUUGUGUAGAUGUAUCUAAAUGUCCCUGCUAUUACCAAGGCACAUAUGUUCAGCCAUUAGACGUUAUCUACAAGCACGAGGAGCGCUGCUCCUGCCAUCAUGGGAAACUUCUCUGCAUCACACAAGUCAAUGAAACUUGUCCUGCUGGAAAAGUCUACUUUGACUGUAACAAGGCCAACUCAGGGGUUUCACGAUCUACAGUACAUAGAAGCUGCAAGACUCUGGGAGUUGAAUACUUCCAGACAGAGUGUAUCUCAGGAUGUGUUUGCCCCAAUGGACUUCUAGAUGAUGGAGCUGGAGGCUGCGUCCCUGAAGACAGGUGUCCUUGUGUCCAUAAUGAAGACAUUUAUCCCCAUGGAUCCAAAGUGAAAGUAGACUGCAAUACAUGCUCAUGUCAGAGAGGAAGAUGGACGUGUACUAAUGCUAUCUGCUAUGGAACAUGUAUAAUCUAUGGAAAUGGUCAUUAUAUCACAUUUGACGAAAAAUUUUAUGACUUCGAUGGAAAUUGUGAAUUUGUUGCUGCCCAGGAUUACUGUGGGCCUAACCAUUCUGAAGGCAACUUCAGCAUCAUCAUAGAGAACAUCCCAUGUGGCACCACCGGCGUUACUUGUUCCAAGUCUAUAAAAGUCUUCCUAGGAAAAACUGUACUGAAGUUAGCAGACAAGCACAUAGAGGAAACAACAGGUGAAGGUGUGAAGCAUGUGACAUACCUGACCCGGGAAGUGGGGAUUUACAGGGUCAUUGAAGCAAGCAAUGGAAUUCUUCUGAUUUGGGAUAGAAAAACAACAAUUUUCAUUAAGGUGUCACCAGCUUACAAGGGAAAACUUUGUGGCUUAUGUGGAAAUUUUGAUGACAACUCACAAAACGACUAUAAAACCAGUCAUAUGUUACAAGUCACUGAUGUGCUGGAGUUUGGAAACAGCUGGAAGUUGGAUGCCUCCUGUCCUGAUGCAGCCGAAAUCAUCAAUCCCUGUAGUCAAAACCCACAUCGCCACUCCUGGUCAGAAAAACAGUGCGGACUUAUCAAAAGCCAAGUAUUCAAAGUCUGUCAUAGCAAGGUUGAUCCCAUACCAUUUUAUGAGGCCUGUGUAAAUGAUGCCUGCUCAUGUGACAGUGGUGGAGACUGUGAAUGCUUCUGUACUGCAGUCGCUGCCUAUGCUCAAGAGUGUACGAAAGCAGAAGCCUGUGUCUACUGGAGAACACCAGACAUAUGCCCCAUAUUUUGUGACUAUUACAAUCCUGAGGAUGAAUGUGAAUGGCAUUAUCACCCAUGUGGCAAUCACGAAAUUCAGACAUGUCGUUCCAUUAAUGACGUCUACACAAAUGUCACCAUUACUUAUCUGGAAGGCUGUUACCCUAGUUGUCCAGAGGACCGGCCUAUAUUUGAUGAGUCAAACAAAAUAUGCGUAACCAAGGAGGACUGUGGCUGUUACAUUAACAAUACUCACUAUAACAAGGGUGAUCCUGUGCCUACUACUGAACCUUGUACUUCUUGUGUCUGCAUCUCUGGACCAAAUCCUAAGUGUUUUUACGAUCAAUCAGCAUGUUUCUGUAUGAUCAAUGGGACAAGAUAUGAAGAAGGUGAAAUCAUAUCCACAGAAGAACAGUCUGGAGUUUGCAUUGAAAAACGAUGUGAAAAUGGAGAAGUUGUAGUAAAUUUUACAGUCUGUGCUACUACAGUAUCUACUACAACAUCGAUCACUACUGUUACUACUACUCCUACCGUAUCCACCACAACAGUCACAACUCCUGUGACAACAACAAGCCCUCCAUCUACAACUUGUGUUCUUCAAAAAGUUUGCCUUUGGACCGAAUGGUUUGAUGUCAGCAAGCCAGAAGCUGAUGUUGGUAGCGGUGAUUAUGAAACAUAUGAUGAGAUAAGAAAGCAUCACACAUUCUGUGACGUCCCAGAGCAAAUUCAAUGCAGAGCAGCAAAUGCGCCCGAUGUCAGCUUAGAUGAAUUGAAGCAGGUUGUAUAUUGCAAUGUAUCAUAUGGACUCAUUUGUAGGAACAGUGAGCAAAGCACAGGGAGCAGCCUUUGGCAAAAGUGCUUCAAUUAUGAGAUCAGAGUAGACUGUUGCCACUAUGAAUGUGUUCAUUCCACAACGCCAGCUACCACAGCACCCACUACCACAACAUCCACUACCACUACUACUACAACGACAACUUCACCAACGACAACUCCACCAACAACUUCACCAACGACAACUCCGCCAUCAACAACUUCACCAACGACAACUCCACCAACAACAACGUCACCUACGACAACUCCACCAACAACAACGUCACCUACGACAACAACAGUUACUACUACAAUUGGAACAACAACUUCAGUUUAUCCCCCCUGUGACCAAGUUUGCUCAUGGUCACCAUGGUUUGAUGUGAGCUAUCCUAAAUAUGAACCCAAUGGAGGAGACUUUGAGACAUACGAGAACAUCAAGAAUGCUGGCUUGGAAAUGUGUAAGGAGGAUAUGAGACCAGAGAACAUUUCCUGUAGAGCAACAAAAUUACCAGAUAUGACACUAGACCAACUGGGACAGACAUUGACCUGUGAUGUCUCCACUGGCCUAAUCUGUUACAACAAAGAUCAAACAGGGUUCAUGCCUGUGUGCUACAACUAUGAGAUCAGUGUGUACUGCUGCCGACCUGAAUGUACAACUACAACACCAACAACCACCACUACAACUACAACUCCAAGUACAACAACUACAAUCUCAGAGUCUACAACUCCAGAGCCCACAUCAACUUCAACAAAGACCACAACUACUAGCCCCACUACUACCAGUGUGACCACAACUUUGCCAACAACAGUCACCACCACAGAGUGUACAACUGAAGAAACUGGAGAGACAACUCCAACUCCAACUCCAACAUCAACAACUCCUGACACCUGUGAUCCUGAUUGCAAGUGGUCACAAUGGUUUGAUGUGAGUUAUCCUAAAUAUGAACCCAAUGGAGGAGAUUUUGAGACCUAUGAAAAUAUCAUCGCUGGUGGCUUGGAAGUGUGUAAGAGACCAGAGAACAUUUCCUGCAGAGCAACGAAAUUCCCAGAUAUGACACUAGACCAGGUGGGACAGACAUUGACCUGUGAUGUCUCCACUGGCCUCAUCUGUUACAACAAAGAUCAAACAGGGUUCAUGCCUGUGUGCUACAACUAUGAGAUCAGUGUGUACUGCUGCCGACCAUUACCUGAAGAUUGCAAAAGUGCAACCACUAAAACCACUACCGCAACAACUCCCACCACUACAAAAAACACAACAUCUGUAACCACAACACCAACAACCACAACAACUGAAAGUACAACUCCUACCACUACAGAGACCACAACUACAUCUGAAACCACAACACCAACAACCACAACAACUGAAAGUACAACUCCCACCACUACAGAGACCACAACAUCUGUAACUACAACACCAACAACCACAACAACUGAAAGUACAACUCCCACCACGACAGAGACCACAUCAACAUCUGUAACCACAACACCAACAACCACAACAACUGAAAGUACAACUCCUACCACUACAGAGACCACAACAACAUCUGAAACCACAACACCAACAACCACAACAACUGAAAGUACAACUCCCACCACUACAGAGACCACAACAUCUGUAACUACAACACCAACAACCACAACAACUGAAAGUACAACUCCUACCACUACAGAGACCACAACAACAUCUGAAACCACAACACCAACAACCACAACAACUGAAAGUACAACUCCCACCACUACAGAGACCACAACAUCUGUAACUACAACACCAACAACUACAACAACUGAAAGUACAACUCCUACCACUACAGAGACCACAACAACAUCUGAAACGACAACACCAACAACCACAACAACUGAAAGUACAACUCCCACCACUACAGAGACCACAACAUCUGUAACUACAACACCAACAACCACAACAACUGAAAGUACAACUCCUACCACUACAGAGACCACAACAACAUCUGAAACCACAACACCAACAACCACAACAACUGAAAGUACAACGACUACAAAGUUCACUACAACUUCAGGUAUUUGUGAUCCAUUCUGCACAUGGUCACCAUGGUUUGAUGUGAGUUAUCCAAAAUAUGAACCCAAUGGAGGAGAUUUUGAGACCUAUAAGAACAUCACAAAUGCUGGAUUAGAAGUGUGUGAGGGUGAUAUGAGACCAGAGGACAUUUCCUGCAGAGCACAGAAAUUCCCAGAUAUGACACUAGACCAGCUGGGACAGACAUUGACCUGUGAUGUCUCCACUGGCCUCAUCUGUUACAACAAAGAUCAAACAGGGUUCAUGCCUGUGUGCUACAACUAUGAGAUCAGUGUGUACUGCUGCCAACCUUUACCUGAUUUCUGUACAUCACCAACCACCACUACUACAACUACAACCUCAGACUCUGCUUCUAAACACACAGAGUCUACAACUCCAACACCCGGCGUGACUACAACAAAGAGCACAACUACAAGCCCCACUACAACUAGUGUGACCACAACUUUACCAACAACAGUCACCACCACAGAGUGUACAACUGAAGAAACUCCAGAGACAACUCCAACGUCAAGGCCAAGUACCGUAACUCCUACCUGUGAUCCUUUCUGCACAUGGUCACAAUGGUUUGAUGUGAGUACUCCUAAAUAUGAACCCAAUGGAGGAGAUUUUGAGACAUAUGAGAACAUUAAUAAUGCUGGAUUUGAAGUGUGUGAAGGAGACAUGAGACCAGAGAACAUUUCCUGCAGAGCAACAAAAUACCCAGAUAGGCCAUUAUACCAGUUGGGACAGAUGGUGACCUGUGAUGUCUCCAUUGGGCUCAUCUGUAACAACAAAGAUCUUAUAGGAUACAAGCCAGUGUGCUACAACUAUGAGAUCAGUGUGUACUGCUGCCGACCUCUACCUGAUUUCUGUACAACUACAACCUCUACAACUACAACAUCAACAACCACCUCUGAGACUACAACUACAACAAGUACAUCACCAACAACCACCUCUGAGACCACAACUACUCCUGUCAUUACAAGUACUCCAGAGCCUCCAACACCAACCAUUACAAAGACCACAACGACUACAUCAGUAACCACAACUUCAAGUCCAUCAACUACUACAGAGACCACACCAACUCAAAGUACGAGCACAUCACCAACAACUACCACCUCGCAGUCUACAAACACUCCUAUCAUUACAUCUACUCCAGAGCCUUCGACUCCAACUAUUACAAAGACCACAACAACUACAUCGGUGACUACAUCUUCAACAAUUCCUAACUGUGAUCCUGUUUGCAAGUGGUCACAAUGGUUUGAUGUGAGUACUCCUAAAUAUGAACCCAAUGGAGGAGAUUUUGAGACAUAUGAGAACAUUGAGAAUGCUGGAUAUGAAGUAUGUGAGGGUGAUAUGAAACCAGAGAACAUUUCCUGCAGAGCAACGAAAUACCCAGAUAAGCCAUUAUACCAGCUGGGACAGAUGGUGACCUGUGAUGUCUCCAUUGGGCUCAUCUGUAACAAUAACGAUCUUAUAGGAUACAAGCCUGUGUGCUACAACUAUGAGAUCAGUGUGUACUGCUGCCAACCUUUACCUGAUAAUUGCCCAACUACACCCUAUACAACUACUACAACUACAACAACUACAUCACCAACAACCACCACUUCUGAGUGGACAACUACAUCACCAACAACCACCACCGCUGAGACUACAACUACAUCACCAACAACCACAACUACAGCAACUUCAACUACAUCACCAACAACCACCACCUCUGAGUGGACAACUACAUCACCAACAACCACCACCUCUGAGACGACAACUACAUCACCAACAACCACAACUACAGCAACUUCAACUAAUUCACCAACAACCCACAGCUCUGAGUGGACAACUACAUCACCAACAACCACCACCUCUGAGACUACAACUACAUCACCAACAACAACCACCUCUGAAACUACAACUACAUCAUCAACAACCACCACCUCUGAGACGACAACUACAUCACCAACAACCACCACCUCUGAGACUACAACUACUUCUGUCAUCACAAGUACUCCAGAACCUCCAACAUCAACCACUACAACUGCAACAACUACAUCAGUGACAACAUCUUCAACAACUCCUAACUGUGAUCCUGUUUGCAAGUGGUCACAAUGGUUUGAUGUGAGUACUCCUAAAUAUGAACCCAAUGGAGGAGAUUUUGAGACAUAUGAGAACAUCAAGAAUGCUGGAUUUGAAGUGUGUGAGGGUGAUAUCAAACCAGAGAACAUUUCUUGCAGAGCAACGAAAUACCCAGAUAAGCCAUUACACCAGCUGGGACAGAUGGUGACCUGUGAUGUCUCCAUUGGGCUCAUCUGUAACAAUAACGAUCUUAUAGGAUACAAGCCUGUGUGCUACAACUAUGAGAUCAGUGUGUACUGCUGCCAACCUUUACCUGAUAAUUGCCCAACUACACCCUAUACAACUACUACAACUACAACAACUACAUCACCAACAACCACCACUUCUGAGUGGACAACUACAUCACCAACAACCACCACCGCUGAGACUACAACUACAUCACCAACAACCACAACUACAGCAACUUCAACUACUUCACCAACAACCACCACCUCUGAGUGGACAACUACAUCACCAACAACCACCACCUCUGAGACGACAACUACAUCACCAACAACCACAACUACAGCAACUUCAACUAAUUCACCAACAACCCACAGCUCUGAGUGGACAACUACAUCACCAACAACCACCACCUCUGAGACUACAACUAUAUCACCAACAACCACAACUACAGCAACUACAACUACUUCACCAACAACCACCACCUCUGAGUGGACAACCACAUCACCAACAACCACCACCUCUGAGACUACAACUACAUCACCAACAACCACAACUACAGCAACUUCAACUAAUUCACCAACAACCCACAGCUCUGAGUGGACAACUACAUCACCAACAACCACCACCUCUGAGACUACAACUCCAUCACCAACAACCACCACCUCUGAGUGGACAACUACAUCACCAACAACCACCACCUCUGAGACGACAACUACAUCAUCAACCACAACUACAGCAACUUCAACUAAUUCACCAACAACCCACAGCUCUGAGUGGACAACUACAUCACCAACAACCACCACCUCUGAGACUACAACUCCAUCACCAACAACCACCACCUCUGAGUGGACAACAACUACAUCACCAACAACCACCACCUCUGAAACUACAACUACAUCAUCAACAACCACCACCUCUGAGAUGACAACUACAUCACCAGCAACCACCACCUCUGAGACUACAACUACUUCUGUCAUCACGAGUACUCCAGAACCUCCAACAUCAACCACUACGACUGCAACAACUACAUCAGUGACAACAUUUUCAACAACUCCUAACUGUGAUCCUGAUUGCAAGUGGUCACCAUGGUUUGAUGUGAGUUACCCAAAAUAUGAACCCAAUGGAGGAGAUUUUGAGACCUAUAAGAACAUCACAAAUGCUGGAUUAGAAGUGUGUGAGGGUGAUAUGAGACCAGAGGACAUUUCCUGCAGAGCACAGAAAUUCCCAGAUAUGACACUAGACCAGCUGGGACAGACAUUGACCUGUGAUGUCUCCACUGGCCUCAUCUGUUACAACAAAGAUCAAACAGGGUUCAUGCCUGUGUGCUACAACUAUGAGAUCAGUGUGUACUGCUGCCGACCUCUAGCUGAUUUCUGUACAUCACCAACCACCACUACUACGACUACAACCUCAGACUUUGCUUCUAAACACACAGAGUCUACAACUCCAACACCCGGCGUGACUACAACAAAGAGCACAACCACAAGCCCCACUACAACUAGUGUGACCACAACUUUACCAACAGUAGUCACCACCACAGAGUGUACAACUGAAGAAACUCCAGAGACGACUCCAACGUCAAGCCCAAGUACCGUAACUCCUAACUGUGAUCCUUCCUGCACAUGGUCACCAUGGUUUGAUGUGAGUUAUCCUAAAUAUGAACCCAAUGGAGGAGAUUUUGAGACCUAUAAGAACAUCACAAAUGCUGGAUAUCAAGUGUGUGAGGGUGAUAUGAGACCAGAAAACAUUUCCUGCAGAGCACAGAAAUUCCCAGAUAUGACACUAGACCAGCUGGGACAGACAUUGACCUGUGAUGUCUCCACUGGCCUAAUCUGUUACAACAAAGAUCAAACAGGGUUCAUGCCUGUGUGCUACAACUAUGAGAUCAGUGUGUACUGCUGCCGACCUUUACCUGAAGAAUGCUUUACUACAACCUCUAAAACCACUACUACAACUACAUCACCAACAACCACCACCUCUGAGACUACAACUACAUCACCAAUAACCACCACCACUGAGACGACAACUACAUCACCAACAACCACCACCACUGAGACGACAACUACAUCACCAACAACCACCACCACCUCUGAAACUACAACUCCAUCACCCACAACCACCACCUCUGAGACUACAACUACAUCACCAACAACCACCACCUCUGAGACUACAACUACAUCACCAACAACCACCACCUCUGAAACUACAACUCCAUCACCAACAACCACCACCUCUGAGACGACAACUACAUCACCAACAACCACCACCUCUGAAACUACAACUCCAUCACCAACAACCACCACCUCUGAGACUACAACUACAUCACCAACAACCACCACCUCUGAGACUACAACUACUUCUGUCAUCACAAGUACUCCAGAACCUACAACAUCAACCACUUCAACUGCUACAACUACAUCAAUGACCGCAUCUUCAACAACUCCUAACUGUGAUCCUGUUUGCAAGUGGUCACAAUGGUUUGAUGUGAGUACUCCUAAAUAUGAACCCAAUGGAGGAGAUUUUGAGACAUAUGAGAACAUCAAGAAUGCUGGAUUUGAAGUGUGUGAGGGUGAUAUGAAACCAGAGAACAUUUCCUGCAGAGCAACGAAAUACCCAGAUAGGCCAUUAUACCAGUUGGGACAGAUGGUGACCUGUGAUGUCUCCAUUGGGCUCAUCUGUAACAAUAACGAUCUUAUAGGAUACAAGCCAGUGUGCUACAACUAUGAGAUCAGUGUGUACUGCUGCCGGCCUUUACCUGACUAUUGCCCAACUACAACUUAUACAACAACUACAACAACUACAUCACCAACAACCACAUCUGAGACUACUACUUCACCAACAACCACCACCUCUGAGACUACAACUACUUCACCAACAACCACCACCUCUGAGACUACAACUACUUCACCAACAACCACCACCUCUGAGACUACAACUCUUUCACCAACAACAACUACCUCUGAGACUACAACUUCAUCUCCAACAACCACCACCUCUGAGACUACAACUACUUCACCAACAACCACCACCACUGAGAGUACAACUACUUCUGUCAUCACAACUACUCCAGAAUCUCCAACAUCAACCACUUUGACUGCUACAACUACAUCAGUGGCCGCAUCUUCAACAACUCCUAACUGUGAUCCUGUUUGCAAGUGGUCACAAUGGUUUGAUGUGAGUACUCCUAAAUAUGAACCCAAUGGAGGAGAUUUUGAGACAUAUGAGAACAUCGAGAAUGCUGGAUUUGAAGUGUGUGAGGGUGAAAUGAAACCAGAGAACAUUUCCUGCAGAGCAACGAAAUACCCAGAUAGGCCAUUAUACCAGUUGGGACAGAUGGUGACCUGUGAUGUCUCCAUUGGGCUCAUCUGUAACAACAAAGAUCUUAUAGGAUACAAGCCAGUGUGCUACAACUAUGAGAUCAGUGUGUACUGCUGCCGACCUUUACCUGACUAUUGCCCAACUACAGCCCAUACAACUACUACAACUACAACUACAACACCAACAACCACCACCACUGAGACGACAACUAUAUCACCAACAACCAUCACUACAACUACUAUAACGACCAGAACUCCAACGCCCAGCGUAGAAAUCAGAACACCGCCAACUACGACGUUGCCCACACCACCUAGCGAAGGCCAUAACGAACCAACUACGACUAGUCCAACAACAACAAAGUCAUCUACUAGUUCUGUUACAACGACUCCAGAAACCACCACCACUUCUGAGACGACCAUCAUGUCUUCCACACCAUGUGUCUGCUUGUACCAUGGGACACCAUAUCCACCAGAUCAAACAAUAACUACUGGUGUUGUAAAUGAAACUUGUUAUGAAGUCAUUUGCACUAAACAAUGCGAGCUACAAGUUAAUCACUGGAAUUGCCCUUCAUCCACCACAACAAGUCCUUCAACAUCAACACAAACCAGCACCACAACAACUACCACUACAACGCCAACCACAACAUCAACAACAAAGUCCACAACUACAACAUCUACGGUCAUGUCAACAAGUAAAAAACCUGGUUGUCCAUUUGACCCAUAUCGUGAGCAUAAUGAAACCUGGAUGCUGUGUAACUGCACCAUGGCUAGGUGUCUGGAAAACAACACAGUAGAGAUCGUUGAACUCAAGUGUGAACCACCACCUAAGAUCACAUGUGCUAAUGGUCUUCAACCCAUAGCUGUACCAGAUGAAGACCUCUGCUGCUGGCACUGGGAGUGUGAUUGUGUGUGCAAUGGCUGGGGAGACCCCCAUUAUAUCACAUUUGAUGGGACCUAUUAUAGUUUCCAAGGCAACUGCACCUAUACCUUAGUGGAAGAAAUUGACAAGAAGAUUGACAACUUUGGAGUAUACAUUGAUAACUAUGAUUGCGGAGCACAAGACAGAGUCUCUUGCCCUCGUGAUAUUAUUGUCCAGCAUGAAUCGCAGAUAAUACGCAUUAAAGCAAAAAGCUUGACACCAAUAAGCUUACAGGUUGUCAUAAAUGAUGAAAUAGUUGGAUUACCUUAUAAGAAAUAUGGAGUUAAAGUGUAUAAAUCUGGCAUUAAUUAUGUUGUGGAAAUACCAGAAUUGGAGACCAAUAUCACAUACAAUGGUUUGUCUUUCUCGGUUAAAUUGCCAUAUAGACUUUUUGGACAUAACACACAAGGGCAGUGCGGUACUUGCACCAACAGCAAAACAGAUGACUGCAGGUUGCCUAAUGGUACUAUUAUAUCGAACUGUGAAAUUAUGGCUGAUGCCUGGAUUGUAUCAGAUCCAAGGAAACCAGAAUGUGGUCACUUAAGACCGACCAGACCCCCCAAAGUCACAGUGCCUCCAACCCCCUGCAAACCGUCACCUCUAUGCGACCUCCUUUUGGAAGCACCAUUCAAGGAAUGCCACAAGACUCUGUCACCCAAUGACUUUUACAAAGCAUGCCAGUUUGAUAGCUGCCAUGUUCCAAAUUCCAACAUUGAAUGUACCAGUUUACAACAAUAUGCUUUCAUCUGUGGAGAUCAAGGUGUUUGCAUUGACUGGAGAUCUAAAGCCACAGAAUGUCCAUUAUCUUGCCCAUCAUCCAAAGUCUACAAAGCCUGUGGUCCAGUUUUAUCACAAACAUGUGAAACCACUCCAGAAGAAAAUGCUCAGAUUGCAGCAAAUAAUCGUACAGUUGAAGGAUGUUUCUGCCCACCGGGUACAAUGCCCUUUAGUCAAGCAGUGGACAUUUGCGUGGAAACUUGUGGAUGUGUUGGAACUGACAACAUACCACGACAAUUUGGGGAACAGUUCCAACAUAACUGCCAGGACUGCAUUUGCCGAGAAGGUGGUAUUGGGAUCACUUGUCAAGAACAUGAAUGUAAAGAAAUGAAACAAGUGACCUGUAAUCUGGAAGGUUUCUAUCCAGAGAUCCAGAUCAAUCCCACUGAUAGCUGCUGUAAUGAGACCGUGUGCAAAUGUGACACUAAAUUAUGCUCAACGAAAUCCCCCAACUGUAAGCUUGGCUAUGAAGUGGUUGGAAGCAUUCCAGAUGGACACUGCUGUCCUGUCUACACAUGCGUUCGUAAGAAUGUCUGUGUGCAUGGAAACGCAGAAUAUUUGCCCGGAGCACCAGUGUUUUCCGACAAAUGCCAGAGCUGUGUGUGCACAGAGGAUGACAACAGCCCAACAGGACUAGAGAUAAAAUGCACCCAUGUACCUUGUAACAUAGAGUGCCCGAUCGGCUUUGAGCUGAGACAGAACACAAAAGACUGUUGUGGAGUAUGUGAACAAACCCAUUGCGUUAUAAACUAUGGCGGCAGUUACAAACUCAUGAAGCCUGGUACAACUCUAUAUGCUGAAAAUAACAACUGCACCGUGUACAGCUGUGUCGUGUUAAGGAACCAAUUCAUCACAUCCGUCUCAGAAAUCUCGUGCCCUCUUUUUAAUGAGGAUCUAUGUGAACCUGACACCAUUCAGCUUUUACCUAAUGGCUGCUGUAAGAUAUGUAUUGAAAAAACUUCUUCCUGUCACCUGCAAACAAGCUAUGACUAUCUCGUCUACAACAACUGCCGGUCAGAAAAUAGGGUGAGGAUGGCUCGAUGUGAUGGAACAUGUGGAACCUAUUCAUUGUACUCUGCGCAAGCCAGAGCCAUGUCACAUAAAUGUACCUGCUGCCAGGAGGUGCAGACCAGCCAGAAGCACGUCAAGCUCCAAUGUUCUGAUGGCAGUGAGGUAGACCAUGAGUACAUCGAUGUGGAGAAAUGUGACUGCAUGAAUACAGACUGUGGACACGAGAAAACGAGUGCAGAUCAGACGCCUGUCCGUGCGAGACGCUUUGUAAGAAGGAAAGGUCUUAAUUUGCAUUAAGAAGAGCCUAUUUCCAUUCGCAAUGAAGAACGCUAUUAACAACUAACUAUUUGUCACAUAAUUAAUGUAAUUUUUUUUGUUUUUUAGCAUGCUG